AUGUUACAACUUAUAUUAAUUCUCGCAACAAUUUUGCUACCCAUCUACAUGUGGUAUCGGCGGCAAUUUUCAUAUUGGAAUCGUCACAAAACAAUACCCAGCGUAGAAGGACGAAUUUUUAGUGGCUGCCUGGUCGAUACAUUACGUUUUAAGACCAAUUUUGGUUAUUACCUAAAGACAAUCUAUGAUGAUCCAAAAUUUGGCAAUGAACCCUUGGUGGGUAUUUACGGUCUGCACGAACCUGCUCUGAUGGUAAAGGAUCCGCAAAUAAUUAAAUCAAUUUUGGUGAAGCAUUUCGAUAGUUUCCAUGAUCGUUUUGCCGAACAAGAUGUGGACUACGAUCCAAUUGGUGGUCAAGCAAUGUUUAUGACCUCAUAUGCGACAUGGAGGGAGAUGCGGACAAAAUUAAGUCCACUAUUUACCAGUGCCAAAUUGAAGACGAUGUAUGGUCUAAUACAACAUGUGGCCCAAAAUAUGGAACGGUAUCUGGAGAAGCAAUCGACGGUGAUGCGUUGUGACAUGAAGGAAUUUUGUGCCAGCUACACAAUUGAUAUAAUCGCCACGGUGCUGCUGGGAUUCCAAUCGAAUUCCAUGGAAAAUCCUUCAGAGGAGUUGCGAAAUAUAAUUCGAAAAUUAACAGAGUUCUCGGGAAGAAGAGCCUUUAAUUUUAUCAUCGCCUUUUUUGUACCAAGUCUGGCAAGAUUUUUCCGCUCAAAGCUUUUACACGAAGAAACGGAACAUUUUCUACGGACCUCAAUUGUCCAGGCUGUUGAGGAGAGGAAAUUGAGUGAAGAGACACGCAACGAUUUAAUUGAUAUCCUUGUAAAGUUGACGGAUGACGCCAAGGAAAGUGGUCGAGAUAUGUCACAAUUUAUGGAUUGUCUAUUGGCCCAGGUGGGCAUAUCGAUAUCGGCUGGUUUUGAUACCACAGCCACCUCCAUGUCAAAUGCCCUUUUGGAAUUGGCCAAGCAACCGGAAAUUCAAAGGCGUCUGAAAAAGGAGAUUAAGGAGGCAUUUGAGGCGGAGAAGGGUACAAGUGUGUCCUAUGAAAAUCUCAGUAAAUUACAAUAUCUUGAUAUGGUUGUGUGUGAGACCUUAAGGUUGUAUCCGGUAUUACCAAUACUUCAGAGAAGAUAUAAUAAAGGAAUGGGGGCGAGGGAGGGGUACUCACUGAAACCCUAUUCGGAUUUUGUUCUACCCGAUGGAAUGACAAUGUUUAUAUGUACCUAUGGUCUGCACUAUGAUCCUAAGUACUGGCCUGAACCUCACAAAUUCAAUCCGGAACGUUUUGUACCUGAAAAUAAAGUAACACUGCUGAAUUCCAUGACCUAUUUACCCUUUGGUGCUGGACCUCAUAAUUGCAUUGGCGCUCGAUUGGCAAUGCUGCAAUUGAAAUGUGGAUUGGUACAUCUGCUGAAGAAUCAUUAUGUUCGGAUAUGUGACCAGACGGUUGUGGAACCGGAAUUCGAAGCCAGAUCAUUUGUAUUGCAGGUUAAAGGUGGAAUUAUUUGCUAUUAUCGAAAUUUCAAUUUCUGGGCACGCUAUAAAAAUGUACCAAGUGUACCAGGUCGAAUAUUUAGUGGAAAUUUUGUGGAUUUUAUAACGUUCAAAACUAAUUUUGCCUAUCAUCUGAAAACGAUCUAUGAUGAGGAACAAUUUGCCACGGCACCAGUUGUGGGGGUUUAUGGUUUAUAUAAACCCGGUCUGCUGAUACGAAAUUUGAAUCUGGUGAAAUCGGUGCUCAUCAAGGAUUUUGAUUGUUUCCGUAACCGUUUUGCCAAAAUCGAUGAUCACCACGAUUCGCUGGGCGGACAAAUGAUGUUCUUUGCCGACUAUCCGCUGUGGAAGGAAAUGCGUAGCAAAUUAAGUCCCACCUUUACCGCGGGGAAAUUGCGAAACAUGUAUCCCCUGAUCCAACAAGUGGGGGAAAAUAUGCGGAAAUUUUUAGAUUCCCAGCCGGAUGUAUUCCAAGCCGAGAUGAAAAAUUUGUGUGCCCGCUUUACCACCGAUGUUAUUGCCACAACUAUUUUUGGUUUCAAAUCGAAUUCGUUGGAGAAUCCCUUGGAAGAUUUUCAUAAAGAAGUGAAGGGUUUGGCCUAUUUCACCUGGCGUAGGGCAUUUGAUUUUAUUAUUAUAAUGUUUGCCUCAAGAUUGACACGAAUUAUGGGUUCUAAAAUUCUCUACGCAGAAACGGAGCACUUCUUAAGGGCCACCAUAACCCAGGCUAUUCGAGAUAGAGAAUCGCGUAGCGGAGCGGAACAACGUAAUGAUCUCAUUGAUAUUUUUGUAAAAUUGAAGCAAGAAGCCGAGCUCAAGGGGGAGUGGAAAAUGGAGAGGUUCAUGGAGUGCCUAAUGGCCCAGGCGGGGAUUUUUAUGAUUGGUGGAUUUGAAACCUCAUCGACAACCAUGUCAAAUGCCCUUUUGGAGUUGGCAAAACAGCCGGAGUUACAAAGGAAAUUGAGAGAGGAAAUCAAGGAAGCCUUCCGUGAAGGUCAAGGGCAAAUUUCGUAUGAAGGUAUCAACAACAAACUGCCCUAUAUGGAUAUGGUUAUCUAUGAAACGUUGAGGUUAUAUCCGGUGUUACCUGUUCUGGAAAGGCAAUAUGCCACACCGCCAGGAAAGCUACCGUAUUCUUUGAAACCCUAUUGUGAUUUUACACUAUCCGAGGGUAUGCCCGUAUUUAUAUCACCCUAUGCCCUGCACUAUGAUCCAAAGUAUUGGCCAAAUCCCAAGCGCUUUGAUCCAGAACGAUUUUCGGUGGAACGUAGGACGGAUAUACAUCCCAUGGUCCAUUUGCCUUUUGGUAAUGGUCCCCACAAUUGUAUUGGUGCCCGUUUGGGUAUGAUACAAGUGAAAGCUGGCCUGGCGUAUAUCUUGAGAGAUCAUUAUGUUCGUGUGUGUGGCAGGACCAAAGUGGAACCGAAAUUUGAAGCCAAGGCACUUGUGCUACAAGUCAAAGGUGGAAUUUAUUUGGAAAUUGUCAAGGAUAAAUGA